UGUAUUUAAUGAAUAUCAGGAAGCCUUGGAAGGAUAUAUGUGGGAACAGUCUAGAAACAGAAGGCAAGCAUGACUGUUACAUUCAGAGUAUUCAAGAAGGGAUCUUCCGACGGCCGAAUUACCAUCUAUCUUGGACGGCGAGAGUUUGUGGAUCACGUGACAGGAUCAGAUCCCAUUGAUGGAGUUGUUCACAUUGACAAAGAGUUUAUUAACGAUAAAAAGGUGACAGUUCAGCUCAUCUGUACCUUCAGAUAUGGUAGAGAGGAAGAUGAAACUAUGGGAUUAUGCUUCAAGAAGGAGUUAACCCUAGCUGAGAUGGUUUUAUUCCCUGAGGGGGGAGAAUCCCAACCUCCUCCAUCUAGGCUACAGGAACGCCUUCUCAAUAAAAUGGGAAAGAACACAUUUCCAUUCACUCUCAACUUUCCGAUGCAUUCUCCAACUUCAGUGAUCUUGACAAUGGCCCCUGGAGAGGUAGGUGAACCCUGUGGAGUAGAGUACUAUAUCAGGGCGAAGAUUGCCAGCACCACCGAUAAGAACAGAGAGUCAAUGGUCAAUAUGGCGAUAAGAAAGAUCCAAUAUGCUCCUACAAAGCCAGGACGGCAGCCCUGUACUGUAGUUAGAAAAGAUUUCGCUCUUACUCCGGGAGAAUUGGAACUAGAAGCAACACUAGACAGGCAGCUGUACUACCACGGGGAUGAUAUCAAGGUGAGUAUCUGCGUGAAGAACAACUCCCAGAAGAUUGUCAAGAAGAUUGUCGUCAACGUCGUCCAGUGUAUAGAUGUCGCUAUGUUUACAGGAGGUCAUCACACAUCCAGAAUAUUCAGGGUAGAAACAUCAGAGGGAUGUCCUAUUGGUCCUGGAUCUAGUCUGCAGAAGCAGUUUAUUCUCUACCCUUCGGCCAGAUUCUGUGGGAAAUCAGGGGUUGCUAUUGAUGGAAACCAGAAAGGAGAUGAUGCUACACUAGCAAGCUCAACUCUGCUGGCUGAUGAAAAUAAUAGAGAUAUAUUUGGUUUGGUUAUUUCCUACUCUGUCAAGGUAAAACUGAUGUUGGGAGCUAUUGGUGGAGAGCUGGCAGCAGAGCUUCCUUUCGUGCUCAUGCAUCCUAAGCCAAACAUGAGAAAGAUGAUGAAAGCUGAUACACUGUCCUUCAAUAAUUCUCAGGACAAUGAGGAACCCUUGGUAGAUUUGGGAAACAGUAUGCAAGACGGGCUCAGGAUGGAACCUCUCAGGCGCCGCAACGUUUGAAUGGAAGAUCCUCAGUCGUCAUGCUGCAAAUGUUGGAUUUGGUUUGGUUUAAGUUGUUGACAGUUCUCUCUUCUAAUACCGUAAUAAAUCUGUUUUCGUUGUUUAAAGGUUAAAAAGUCGCUCAUGUUGUUUUUGCAGUUUUUCUAGUAUUUGUGAAUUAUAAUUAUAUAAAUUAAAAUGUUUUUAGAAAAGUGAAUAAUUUAUAAAAGAUUUGUUUAAGUAAUCCACUCUUAAAAUACAUUAUUGCUUACUGUACAAUUUAUAUUUUGAUUUCCCAUUCUAAUAUUUUGAAUGUAUAUUGUAAAUAUGAACAGUCCAUAGAAAUUAUUUACGUAUUUAGAUAAAUGGUUAAAAUUUACUAAAGCUGAAAAAUUCUUUAAAUUAUUAUAGUUUUUGAUUUGUCGUAGUACAGUUUCGAAACCUGUAUUUUCCAGGUUUGUUUAUGUUUGAUAUUAAAGAUCGAAUAGGUAAACCCUUGUGAUAAAUCUAAGCUGUAUCUAAUCUAUUAUAGAAGCGAAGAGCCUAUAUUAAAAAGUUUGAACUAUAUAUGUAGGUUAAUCAGUAUAUUCAAUAAAUUAUUUAAUUUUCUA